AUGGCAGUGAAGUCGGACCCGGCGAUGGCGACGGCGACGGUAGGGAAGGACUCGAAGUCGUGGCUCCCUGCGAUCCCCCAGCCCGUCAAGCGUGUGUUCGACCAGUUCCCGCUGGUGACCUAUCCCCCCAACUCGGCGCCAGCGAGCUCCAGCACCAGCGUCAGCGGCAGUAGCAGCACCAAUGCGGGCGCGAAUCAGCGGCCGGGCGAACACCGGCUGUAUAUCUUCACCAGCACAGAAGCAGCCAGCAAAGGGCGGCCUUCGGUGAACCCGCAGUGUCUCAAGUGGCAGACGUACCUCAGGUUCCGCGGGAUACCAUUCCGUACGAUUCCUUCCAAUAACCAUGCUUCCCCCGACGGAGCCCUGCCUUUCCUUCUCCCCGCUCCUGGGUCAGGAGGCACAUCAGAGCCGGGCUGCGUCGCCUCCAGCAAGCUGCAGAAGUGGGUAAACGAGAAUGCAGAGUGCUCCUCUGAAGAUGAGGAGGUUAGCCAUUUCCUCAACUCGGCUGGGAGGGCCUACAGUUCACUGCUGGACCACAGGAUACGUGAUGCUUGGCUCUAUACCGUCUACCUAGAUGGCUCCAAUUUUGAGUCCAUCGCAAGAAACGUAUAUGUGAACUCUUCCACAACGAACCCUAUAGUGCGCACAGCUCUCGCAUAUCAGCUUCAGGACGCAGCAAGGAGCCAGCUGCAGCUGAAAAACUCUUACAUCGACGCAGACGAUAUACUCGCCGAAGCAGAGAAGGCCUUCCACACGCUCUCUUACAUACUAGCCGACCACAAAUACUUCUUCACGGACUCCACACCCUGCUUGUUUGACGCCAGUUUUUUUUCAUAUACCCAUCUCAUACUCGACGAGACGCUCGGCUGGAAGUACAACCCGCUGGCAGCAGUCAUCAAAAGAUACGACAACCUUGUACAACACCGUCAACGACUCUUGGAUACAUAUUUUUAG